CCCAAUGGAGAACUAAGGAGGCGGGAAAAACAACGUGCCCUUCCCGGCCGCGGGGCGCAGCGCGAGAUGCCCGCCUGCCCCCUGCCAUGAGCCCGGCCCGCUCCCCUCCGCCUCUGCCCAGCCCAGCGCAGCCCUGCCCAGCCGGCAGUCGCGGGGGGCGAGCGGAGAGGCUCGGAGCGCUCGGCAAGGCAGAGGGCUCAGGCAGCCGAAGAGGAGGCUGGCGGCGGCACUCGGCGGAGGAGCCAGUCGCCGCAGCCCGGCCCCGAUGGGCGAGCUGGAGGCAGGGGAGAAGCCUGGGCCCGGCGCGGAGCCCCCCGCGGGCAGGGCCCGCAGUUGCGAGCACCAUCGCGCCGGGGCCGGAGCCGGGCGGCGGCGUAGACCCGUGCGCGCCUUGAGCCGGCUGGCCCGCCGCCUCCUGCAAACUUUGCGGGGGGCGCGGCGGCGGCGGGAAGGCGCCGAGCCCGAGGACGACGAGGGUGGCUUCAGGCGCCCGCCCGGGCCCGAGCGCGACCGCGGCCAAGCAGGUGGCGGAGGAGCUCGCCUCUCGUGCCCGCUCCCGGCGGCCAGCGCCGGGGAGCCUCGCCCGCUCACCCCGGGCGCGCAGGGGCUCAAGAACCACGGCAACACGUGCUUCCUGAACGCCGUGGUGCAGUGCCUGAGCCACACCGAGCUGCUCGCCGCCUUCCUCCUGCUGGCCCUGCCCGACCAGCAAGGGCCACCCGGACCUGCAACCAGCACCGCCUCCGGCGAGGUCACCCGGCACUUGGCGGCGCUUGUGCGAGCGCUCUGGACCCUCGAGUACACGCCGCAGCUCUCCGCGGAUUUCAAGAAUGUCGUCUCUAAGUAUGGUGCUCAGUUUCGUGGAAAUUCACAACAUGACGCCCUGGAGUUCCUACUAUGGCUGCUGGACCGCAUGCACGAGGACCUGUGUGCCACAUCUCUUAAUCAGAAAGGGAAGGCGUCUGGAAAGUCUCCACCUGGACAUGAAGAGAGCAGUAGCAGCGGGAGCGCCCAGCCAUCUGUCCAGCCUCUCAAGGGCCAGAGUUUUGUGCAGAACCACUUCCAAGCUCAGUACAGGUCUUCCUUGACCUGCCCUCACUGCCUAAAGCAAAGCAACACCUUCGACCCCUUCCUGUGCAUCUCGCUGCCCAUCCCCUUGCGUCAAACCAGACCCUUGAAUGUCACUCUUGUCUUCCAAUCCAAGAAUCAUCGAUUUGUGCGUGUUGGCCUGGCUGUGCCUCUCUUCAGCACAGUGGCAAAACUGAGAGAAAUGGUGGCAGAAGAAGGCAAGAUUUCACCUGACCAGGUGAUCCUGGCAGAGUUGGGCCAGUCUGGGUUCCAGUGUUCCUUCUCAGAUGACGAGGAUCUGACCACCAUCACAGAGGGUGACAACAUCUAUGCUUUUCAGGCUCCGCUCUCCUUUAACCGGUCCAGUUCUUCCCACCUUUCAGGUUGUCCCCACAGCCUCCCAUCUUCUCCCAACUCUUCUGAGCCAGAAGGCCAGCGGUUGACUCAUAAUGGGGCCAUUUCAUCGGAGUUUUUACACCGUGGUGGAGGUGGCAGAAUCCUGCUCCUUGUCUGUAAUGUGGCUGGUUCAGGGCAGCAGGCUGUGAGGUUUGGCCCUCCACUGCUGCUGCGGGAAGACAGAGCCAUGUCUUGGGAUCAACUUCAGCAGUGCAUCCUGGGCAAAAUGCGCUACCUAAUGAGAAGGGAGGCCCAAGUGCAGGCUACGGGGAGCCUGUUCCGGGUACGAGUGGUUGGAAGCUCUGCAAUGUGCGGUUAUCUCUCACCACAGGACAGCUGGCCUCUUUACCAUCCAGCUGUGGACAGAGCACUACAGCUUGGUGGUCCAGGCGGUCCCACUCAUGUGAAGCUGGUGGUUGAAUGGGAUGUGAACACCAAAGAAAGUUUGUUUGGCAACAUCCAGGAGGAAGUGGUUGAAGAUGCAGAAAGUGUGAGGCAGAAGCAGCAGCUCCAUCAACAGCAGCACAGUUGCACUCUGGACGAGUGCUUCCAGCUUUACACCAAGGAGGAACAGCUGGCCCCAGAUGAUGCCUGGCGCUGCCCCCACUGCCAGGUGCUUCAACAAGGCACUGUGAAACUCAGCCUGUGGACACUUCCUGAUAUCCUUGUCGUCCACCUGAAACGCUUCCGGCAAGUGGGUGAACAGCGCCAUAAGCUUACCACGCUUGUGCACUUCCCUCUGCGUGGGCUUGACAUGGCUCCCCAUGUGGCCAAGCGCAGUCGUGGCAGCAAAUGGGGGCCCUGGAAGCACAUCAACUCAGAAAGCUGUCCGUCUAACUUCCUCUACGACCUCUAUGCGGUCUGCAAUCACCAUGGCAGCCUGCAGGGCGGGCAUUAUACAGCCUACUGCCGCAAUGUCUUGGAUGGUCACUGGUACAGCUACGAUGACAGCACCGUGGAGCCACUCCUGGAGGAUGAAGUCAGCACGCGCGGUGCCUACAUCCUCUUCUACCAGAGACGCAGUGUGACUGCAGGCUGGUCUGGGGGAAGCUCUGUUAGAGGUUCCACUAGCUCCUCCAUUUCUGAACACUGGCUGGCCCGACUUGGGGGAAGCAACAACCGAGAGAGCCUGGUGUCCCGGAGCUCUGCUACGUAUCCGUCUCUGUCAAAAAUGCCUGACUCACCUUCCCUUUCCAGCCCUGGCAUCAUGCAUGAGAAAGGUGGCUUUGAUUCACGGCCCCUUGUGCGAGGUGUCCAGGGAAGAAGUGUCAGCCUGAAAGCUUCCCCCAACAAGGCCAAACUGGGAGUCCCCAAGCCCUUGCCCUUACGUUGGUCCUUCAACUCCAAAGAGUGGCCAGUGGAGCCCUCUGGGGAGCUGGUUGAGUACUUGGAGUCUGGCCGCAGACCUCGAUUCACGAAUGAAUCCAUUGUUCCUCUUAUGACAAAGGAAGGGGAAGACAGUGGGCCAUCGGUCACCAAAGCCAAGCUGAACCCUGUUCUAACAGGAAUGGGAACCAUUGAGAAGACUAGCAAAGUAUCUGCUGCUGUGGAAAACACCAGCACCCUGAAGAGGGCGGGGAAGCCAAAGGAGGAUGUAAGCGAGCAGCCACGGACACCCAAGAAACUGGUGCUUUCUCUCAGUGCAGUAACUCCGGCAAAAGAUGAGGAACCCAAGGGCAAAGCAAGCAUCAAUGGGACCAUGCGCAGUGGGACAAACGUGCCCCAAUCCAGCUAUCAAUCCAAGAGCAGAGGAACCCAAGACCAAAAGGACAGGGACAGGGAGUCUGAGGGCGAGAGACAGCCAGAGGGGAAGCUGGCUGUCUUCAAGGCGGGCUUCCUUCGAAGGGACCCCAAGCGACACACUGAGUCUGACAGACAUGGCACAUUAACACAGACCGUGGGCUCCUCCCAGGCAUCGCUACCCAAUGGCACUUUGAAUUCCAUCAUGGGGAGCAGGGCAAGCAGCGCACUAGGCCGCAGCUCAACGGAAGGGCUGCCCAAUGGGCGGAUUUGCCGUUCUGAGUUGGACAUCAAGCGGGCCCAGAGCUCCUGCAGCAGCAAAGGGAAGAGUGACUGGAUCUUGAGCAGGUCAACCUCCCUCGGUAAAACAAACAAUAGUGUCCCUUUGCAGGGUUACACACAACCUUCCUGUGGCACCCUGCAACGGUCAAGGUAUCACACAGCAUCCCUGGGCAGGAGGAUAGCUGUACCAGAAUCCAGCUUCUGAACUGGCCUGCGGUUGUGGCUGGAAGUACCACAAGAGUGCCAAUCCUGGGUGCUUAUAGGGUCUCAGGGCCUUGGGGUAAGAUCUGUCAGUUGCUGGGAGACUUGGGUGGUGCUUGCCUCAAGGGGAAGAGGCUUCUCACAAGAGCCUUCAUAUUCAAUGGGUGCUGAGUGACAUUUUUGCCUUGCCAGGGAACAAAAGUGAAACAGGGACCUUGUGGACUAUGGGAUUAGAAUGAGAGAGAGAGAGAGAGAGAGAGAGAAGUCAUACAGAGAGUCUUAGAGUUAAAGUAUUUAUUCUAUAAUGAGAAAUAGUUUUACUGAUGUGCUGUUGUAUGACAGCGAUUAUUUUGGUAUCUGGUUGUGGGGAAGGGAAUAAUAGGAGGGAAAAUAUAAACAUUGCUCUAUGCAAUAAUCCUGACUUUUCUAUUUUCUGCAGACCAUCGGGUUUUACAGAUUUAUUUGUUAUUAAAAAUGUCUCAAAUGCU